AUGCAGAAUCUCCCUUGGAUGCAUCCCGUCUGCAGGGAGGUCCGCGUUUAUUGCUGCGGACAUGCUCCACUGGGCUGGAGCAACGGCGUUGCUUGGGAGUUGGGAAACGGUUCCCGGAGUUCAUCCAAUGCCAGGAACCAGGGGCAGGAAAUGUAUCAGAUUGAGAUGAUGACGCUUAUGUUGAUGUUGCUGAUAACGGGUGCUGUGUUGGGUGUUGUGGAUCCCACAACGCUCGACCACUUUGCUCUCCCCCCAACUAAAUCUGUGACUAAGGAAGAUGCUAACGCCGAGAAAAGAAUGAUGAAGAAUUGCACCCACAUGGCCCCAAUUGACUACGGAUUGCUGGACUCUUGGCGGGAGUGGAAGCAAUCUAGAUGUGGCCGCCAUCUGCACGCCACGGCCCAUCCAUUUGGAGAUGAAGAAACCGCGCAUGCAAGGGUUGACCACGUCCUUGAUCCCGAGCAUCCUGAGGCAACGGACCACUUUCGCUGCUGCAGGAGAGUCAGGGGGUCACCAACACGUAUAUUCGGGAUGGGCGAGGCACAGGAGAAGGGUACAUGUACUACUACUAAGUGUAAAGCGCCUAAGUUUGGUGGUGGCGCACGUGUCAUGCACAUUUGCUUCUUCCCAUUCCCUGCAAAUUCCCCAACUAUUUUUCCUCCCAUUUUAGUUUUAGUAUCGAGUUAG